AUGUCUUCAGAUUCUAGCAAGUGUAGCUAUCACGUUUUAUAUGCACCGGCUCUCCUUAUCGAUCAUUAUGAACUCAAAGCAUUCACAGAGUUAGUAUAUACCUUAACCGGUGAAAAAUUUGACAAGAUAAAGGGUCUAGGUUUUCCUAAAGCCUUUGUAAAAAUGCCAUCUUGGGUUAAGUAUAAUGAAAACCUUACAGCGACAGAAAUAUAUGAGGAGAGAUAU